AUGCUGACCUCGGCAGUNGUCAAGAACAAGAUGGCUCAAGGUGACGGCAUGUCUUAUGCUGAAUUUACUUACCCUUUGCUGCAAGCCUACGAUUGGUGGCAUCUGUAUCAAUCUGGCGUCCAAGUCCAGAUCGGUGGCUCUGAUCAAUACGGCAACAUUGUCGCUGGUAUCGACCUCAUCAAGCACUUGACUCCAAGACCAUCAACAUCACCUGAGACCAAGCGAUUGUCAGGUCCUUUCGGUUUAACCGUGCCUCUCCUGACCACUGCAGCUGGCGCCAAAUUUGGUAAAAGCGCUGGAAACGCCAUCUGGCUUGACAAAACCAUGACCAGCCCCUUUGAGCUCUACGGUUUUCUCGUCGGCUCUGCCGAUGCCGACGUCGAGCGUUACCUCAAACUCUUCACCUUCCUGCCCCUCCACCACAUCUCUGCCGUCAUGGCCGAACACAACGCCGACCCCAGCCAACGCAAAGCCCAACAUCUUUUAGCCCGUGAAGUCGUCGAUCUCGUUCACGGCUCGCAAGAAGCCGAGAACACACAAAAUCAGCACAAGCUCUCCCGCCGCCCAGAUCUCCAGACCUUGCAGGCUGAAGCAGAGAACAACAAAGAAGGUCUCAAUCGUGUGUACCUGCCUCACAGCCUUGUUCACAACAAACCUCCAGCACGAAUCUUGUAUCACGCAGGUUUGGCAAAGAGCAACAGCGACGGCACCCGCAUGGUUAACUCUGGUGGUGCGUACAUUGGCAGUCAAUCCGACGAGAGCACCUCCGAGCUCAAAUUCCGUUCUCUCAAGGGCAUCACUGCUUCCACAAUCACAGAAAUGAUGGAGCAGAGUAAUGUACUUGUGCUUCGAACAGGCAAGUGGAAUGUCAAGCUCGUUGAAGUCAUCAGCGAUGUCGAGUAUGAGCAGAAGGGUCUCAAUGCCCCCGGUUGGGAAGAAGUCAAGGCUCCAAAGGACGAAGUGCCUUCUUAG